AGGAGCCGAGGCCAAGAGGGGAGAGAGACCCCGCCCCCCUUGAGAAGAGAAGCUGAAGCCCCUGCAGGACGGGGGCCUCCGUCGCUAUGGGUUCCACCGCUACUCCGGAGGGAGCGCUGGGCUACGUCCGCGAGUUUACUCGCCACUCCUCCGACGUGCUCGGCAACCUAAAUGAGCUGCGCCUGCGCGGGAUCCUCACUGACGUCACGCUGCUGGUUGGCGGGCAACCCCUUCGAGCUCACAAGGCAGUUCUUAUUGCCUGCAGUGGCUUCUUCUAUUCAAUUUUCCGAGGCCGUGCAGGGGUAGGGGUAGACAUGCUCUCCCUGCCCGGGGGCCCCGAAGCCGGAGGCUUCGCUCCGCUUCUGGACUUCAUGUACACUUCGCGCCUACGCCUCUCUCCGGCCACCGCCCCAGCAGUCCUCGCGGCCGCCACCUACUUGCAGAUGGAGCAUGUGGUCCAGGCAUGCCACCGCUUCAUCCAGGCCAGCUGUGAACCUCUGGGCAUAUCUCUGCGGCCCCUGGAGGCAGAACCCCCCACGCCGCCAACGGCCCCUCCGCCAGGCAGUCCCAGGCGUUCGGAAGGGCACCCUGACCCACCUACUGAGUCUCGCAGCUGCAGUCAAGGGCCCCCCAGUCCACACAGCCCAGACCCCAAGGCCUGCAACUGGAAAAAAUACAAGUUCAUCGUACUGAACUCUCAGGCCUCCCAAGCAGGGAGCCUGGCAGGGGAGAGGAGUUCUGGUCAACUUUGCUCCCAGGCCCGGCUCCCCAGCGGAGACGAGGCUUCCAGCAGCAGCAGCAGCAGCAGUGAAGAAGGACCCAUUUCCAGUCCCCAGAGCAGGCUUUCUCCAACUGCUGCCACUGUACAGUUCAAAUGUGGGGCUCCAGUCAAUACCCCCCAUCAGCUCACACCCCAGGCUCCAGAGACCACUGGGUCACCUUCUGGGAGGGCUCAUCCACCACCAGGAGGUGAAUUUUUCAGCUGCCAGAACUGUGAGGCUGUGGCUGGGUGCUCAUCGGGGCUGGACCCCGUGGCUUCUGGGGAUGAGGACAAGCCCUACAAGUGUCAGCUCUGCCGGUCUGCCUUCCGCUAUAAGGGCAACCUGGCCAGUCACCGCACGGUGCACACAGGGGAAAAGCCCUACCACUGCUCCAUCUGCGGAGCCCGCUUUAACCGGCCGGCUAACCUGAAAACGCAUAGCCGCAUCCACUCGGGAGAGAAGCCCUAUAAGUGCGAGACGUGCGGCUCGCGCUUUGUACAGGUAGCGCAUCUGCGCGCGCACGUGCUGAUCCACACCGGGGAGAAGCCCUAUCCUUGCCCCACCUGCGGGACUCGCUUUCGCCACCUACAGACCCUCAAGAGUCACGUUCGCAUCCAUACCGGAGAGAAGCCUUACCACUGCGACCCCUGCGGUCUGCAUUUCCGGCACAAGAGUCAACUUCGGCUACAUCUGCGCCAGAAACACGGAGCUGCUACCAACACCAAAGUGCACUACCACAUUCUAGGGGGACCUUAGCCGAGUGCCGCCCCGGCCCCACUCCCUUCCCGGAAGACGGAAAGCUGCGGCUCACGCCUGGGUUCGCUGCCAGGCUUGGGCGUGGGGGUGUGCGAGGCCUCUGGAUAUCAGCGAAGGCCACCACCUUUAAUUUCUCACUGCGGGGAGCAGGGGUGGGAGAUCCUGGCUUGAUCUGCCUGUUUUGCUGGUCAAAACCUCUUCCCCGCAGUCGACAUUGUUUCUGAGCAGAGAACAAGCUAGGAGCUGGAGGAGCAGAGAGACUGGAAGCCUGAUUUUCCUAAGGAAUCAGGCCUCCACCUGCAGCCCCCGUCUCAUUUAUCUGUAAAUAUAAUUUAUUGAGGCUUCUGGGUGGCACCAGGGCCUUCAUACUAUUGCAUUUCCCAUGUCCUUCUUCUACAAGUGUGAUCAAAAGUGACCUGAAACUCGGAAUGUGAGGUCACAGCUCUGCUGGCAGAGAUUAGCACUUGGCUGCCUCCUUUGGCUUGAGUGUUUUAUAUUAUUAUUGUCUUAACUUUUAUCUUUAGAAUUGUUCUUUUCCCACUUGCUUGUUGGUUUGUUUAAAAUGGAGAAAAGGGUUCCCUGUGCCCUGCCCCUUCAAUUCUAGGUCUGGAACCUUUAUUUGUUCUAGGGCAGCUCUGGGAACAUGUGGGUUUGUGGAAUUGGGUCAGGAACCCUCUCUAAUAUUCUGAAUAUUGUAGGUUUUCUAGCAGGCUAGCACUGGAUAUAGACUUUUUCUGUUCUUCAAGGAACCUAUGAUGAAGUGGAGGUAAUAUAUACCUCCUGGAGGCAGUUGGUGUGGGGCCUUUGUCAGUCCUGGAAGUUGGGGGAUGACUUGAGAGGCUUUCUCGUAGGCCCCUGACUGUCCUAUUAGUCUGGUCACCUAGGUUUGGCUCCAUGGUAGUUUUGGUUAUCUGAUAGAACUCACCCGGGAGCUUGAGUUGAGCCCACAAUCCUCCCACUAGGGCCUGUUCUUAGCACGAAGUUGAUCCCUCCAUGCAGGAGAGAUCUGCAAUUCCAUAUCAGAAAUGAUGCAAUCUUUUCUGAGUCUGCCCAGUCUCUAAGAAUGCCAUGACCUAGGGGAGAAUUAUCUUGAGUAAAGACUAUGACCCUUCCUUUACUGCAGAGCCAUCUAGGUUAGAAUGUUCCUUGGGGGUUCUACAUGAGAUGAGCCUCUUCUUCCUUUAGUAAGUAUUUGGACAUCUUCUGGCAAGUGUCCAGAUUUCAGAAAUUUCUUUGCCUCUAGAAGUCACAGGUGCUUGGUAACUUUCUUACCUUAGAAAAGCUGAGUCUGUGACCUGGUCUUCCCGUCACUACAUUCCUGUCUGGAACCAGUGAAAGCACUAGAACCUUCCACAGGGAGAGAAAAGGGGCUGAGUUCCAUUAUGGAUUUGCUGUAGUUGGGAUUAUGAUCGAGAUUAGUGUUGGGAUUAAAGAUUUAAAAGACUGACUGAUGGACCAUCUAGUUAACCAAGUAUCCCGUAGGAUUAAGAGGCUGUUUGAGGGACACAGUCUCUGGUGUAGGCCAAGUAGGUAGAAAGUUAGAAAUGGGUUGCCUCUUAACUGUGUGGAGCGUCUGGAAUGUUAGAUGAUACUCUGAAGUAUUACAGUCCUGCCCCUGUUGCUCUGGGGCCUGUUGGUUUAGGGACAUGGGGUAGAGGGUAAGAAGCACUUUGAAUUUGUGGGAUGGAGCUUCCUCAAGACAGGUCAGUCCUAGUGGCUGUCACUUGGGGACUGGCUAGAAAGCUACUUUUUCCCUCUUUCCCUCUUAACCUCAGUGCAGAAUUGAAGGAGGGAGGGAAAGUAGAGGAAAGAGUUGAGAAGAAACUACAUAUAUAUUUUAAGGAGAUUGGAUGGGCAGGUGGAGAGUGCCAAGGGGUGGAGAUGUUAGAUCGUGCAAUAUCAGAAUCAUGGAAUAAAGAAGCCUCUCUGUGCUG